UCCUUUACCACGUUCAUGCCUGUUUUCCUUCUCACUGGCUCUUGAGACUUUGGAUAUUGUCCAACUAAAAAAAUCUCCGCAAGCUUUGAAUAUUUUUCCUCAGUGAAGCGUCGAGCGGCCGACCAACCUUCCCGCCGAUCGUUCCCACUUCGCCGCCGCUGCCACCUUGCCGUUCGCUGCCGACUCUGUAGGUGUUUAAAUUUCUGUGACUUUAUUAGGUGUUUGAGAAGUUCUCUUCUUCGUGCCAGGAAAAACCCCACACAUGCAGAGUGUAAAACCUCUCUAAAACCCUCUCUUUCUCUGGUAAUAUCAUAUGUUCUUCUCUCGCAAUCCCACCAAAACAUGCAAAUCUCUCUAACUUUUUCACCACCCUCCAGAGCCCCUCUACUAUUCCCACGCCACAACCCCAUUUCAGCGAAGCCUUUGAGAGCUUCGUUUCAGACCCAAUUCAGUCCGGUGAAUGCCCUCAAAGAAUCGGGGUACUUACCGGCGAUUAGCCGCGCCAUCGAAGAGGAUGAAUACCGGAUAGCCCGGUCGCAGGUUGCCCGGAAAGGGAUUGACUUGGAAGGCUAUUCCAUCGAGGGAAUUUCCAUUGGUGGGCAAGAGACCUGCGUCAUAAUUCCUGAAUUCAAAUGUGCUUUCGACAUUGGGAGGUGUCCCUCAAGGGCUAUUCACCAGAACUUUGUGUUCAUCACGCAUGCCCAUCUUGAUCACAUUGGUGGCCUACCAAUGUAUGUUGCUAGCCGUGGUUUGUACAGCUUAAAACCUCCAACAAUAUUUGUUCCUCCUUGCAUUAAAGAGGAUGUGGAGAAGUUAUUCGACAUUCAUAGGACAAUGGGCCAAGUGGAACUGAACUUUGAUUUGGUUCCAUUGGAUUUCGGUGAAACAUACGAAAUGCGGAAUAACCUUGUCGUCCGAGCAUUUAGAACUCAACAUGUUAUACCCAGCCAGGGUUAUGUAAUCUACUCGGUUAGAAAAAAGUUAAAGAAGCAAUACACUCAUCUUAAAGGGAAACAAAUUGAGAAGUUGAAGAAGUCUGGUGUUGAGAUUACAGACACUGUGUUGUCUCCUGAAGUGGCCUUCACAGGAGACACAACGUCAGAUUUUAUGCUUGAUCCACGCAAUGCUGAUGCCUUGAGGGCAAAGAUACUUAUAACUGAGGCAACUUUCCUGGACGAAGGCGUCAGCAUUGAGCAUGCACGACAACAUGGUCAUACUCAUAUAUUUGAGAUUAUGGAAAAUGCUGAGUGGAUUCGAAAUAAGUCGGUUCUGCUAACCCAUUUCUCCUCCCGUUACCAUUUAGAGGACAUACGUCAGGCUGUAUCAAAGUUGCAGUCCAAGGUUUCAGCAAAAGUAGUACCUCUCACAGAGGGUUUCAAAUCAAUGUAUUCUUAGAUUGUACAGCUUUUGUUGUCUGCUGUUAGCCACUAUAUUCUGUGUGUGUGUUAGAGAGAGAGAGAGAGAGAGAGAGAGAGAGA